UGCUUUCCCUUGUUAAUUCCUGAGGUAAACAGAUUCAAAGGAUGAGUGAACUGGAACAGUUGAGGCAGGAAGCAGAACAACUACGGAAUCAGAUUCAGGAUGCUAGGAAAGCAUGUAAUGAUGCAACCCUUGUUCAGAUCACGUCAAAUAUGGACUCUGUGGGUCGAGUACAAAUGCGGACAAGACGUACACUGAGGGGCCACCUAGCUAAGAUCUAUGCUAUGCAUUGGGGAUAUGAUUCAAGGUUGCUAGUCAGUGCUUCCCAAGAUGGAAAAUUAAUUAUCUGGGAUAGCUAUACAACAAAUAAGAUGCACGCUAUUCCUUUGAGGUCCUCCUGGGUGAUGACCUGUGCCUAUGCUCCCUCUGGCAAUUACGUUGCCUGUGGAGGCCUGGACAACAUCUGCUCCAUAUAUAACUUAAAAACCAGAGAGGGAAACGUGCGAGUAAGCCGAGAGUUGCCGGGCCACACGGGCUAUUUGUCCUGCUGUCGUUUUUUAGAUGACAGCCAAAUUGUUACAAGUUCAGGAGAUACAACUUGUGCUUUAUGGGACAUCGAAACUGCCCAGCAGACCACCACAUUCACUGGGCAUUCUGGAGAUGUGAUGAGUCUCUCUCUGAGUCCUGACAUGAGGACUUUUGUUUCUGGUGCUUGUGAUGCCUCUUCCAAAUUAUGGGAUAUUCGAGAUGGAAUGUGUAGACAGUCUUUCACAGGACACGUCUCAGAUAUUAAUGCUGUCAGUUUUUUCCCAAAUGGAUAUGCCUUUGCCACUGGCUCUGAUGAUGCCACUUGCCGGCUCUUUGACCUUCGUGCAGACCAAGAGUUAUUGUUGUAUUCUCAUGACAAUAUCAUCUGUGGAAUCACUUCUGUAGCCUUCUCAAAAAGUGGGCGCCUUCUACUAGCUGGUUAUGAUGACUUUAAUUGUAACGUGUGGGACACGCUGAAAGGAGAUCGUGCAGGUGUCCUUGCUGGUCAUGACAACCGUGUCAGCUGCUUAGGUGUAACUGAUGAUGGCAUGGCUGUGGCUACAGGCUCUUGGGACAGUUUUCUUAGAAUCUGGAAUUAACAAUGUCAUACAUAUUUUCUGUUCUCCAUUGAUACCUGGAGAAAUCAAUGUUACAGCCUAUAGCUGUGAAAAAAAAUUCUACCUUAUAUUUGCAGGUGAAAAUUUUUCUAUUGAGAUUAUUAUAUACAAAAAGAAGCUUUCAGUAAACUACAAAAAAAAGUGGAAAAAAAAAACCAAAACAAGGCAAAAGUGCCUGCUGAGAUUAAUAGGACCAGUGUAUUAAUUUGAGGAGUUGGGUUAAUUUAACCUUGAUGAAUUAUUGCGUGUACUCGAAGUCUAAUUAUUUUCUUUGUGUAGAACAGAAUGUCUGUAUUAUAGCAGCUUAUAAUUGUGUUUGUUUGAAUUUUUUAAAGACUACAUUUUUAACUUUGUAUACAAAAGAAAUGUUACAUUUUUGAGUUUUAUAAUGGAAGAACCAGACAGAGUAAUGGAUGGAAACAAUCCUCUGUGUGUGUACUUAUGUUUGAAGAAAGUCCCCUUGAAUUUUACGUUCCUUUUAAUUUAAAGGAGAUUCUCCUGGCUUAAUGUUUAAGACUGUUGACGGGCUAGGUGCCUCUGAGGGGAGUCCGUAGGCUCUCACAUCCUUUGCCAUACUGUCAGUCUAACUAAGUGCUCAUUUUCAGUCCUUUGAGGGGACAGAUAAUCUAAAGGCCAGGGAUUAGAAAUUUCACCCUGACAUUUUAGACAUACAUGAGAAACUUCAUUAGAAUCUAUUAUAUUCAUAAAAAGUAGAUAAUAGCAUAUAAAUGAUUCUGGUUUUGAUCAGUUGACGCUUUCAGUAGCCCUUUAAAUAGCUGGACUUUCCUAUUGAUUUCAUAUUCUAGAACUAAGUUUAUAGAGUAUACUCGUAUUUCAGAAGUUCGAUAAACAUUUGGGUUAAUCCUGCCCCAGUGUUCUCUGUCAGUGUAUACUAGAUAGAAAAUAUAGUGUGACAGUGUUACAUUUUGAAAGAAAUAAAAUCUAACCAAUUGCUAGUACUGAUUUGUUAUAAUUGUAAUAAGGUGGCUUUAUCAGUUUUGUGUUCAUGUAAUAUAAAAUCUGAAUUGAUGUAAAAUAUGUCUUCAAAUUUCUUAAAUAUUUAAGCUUUCUGCUCUUUAAUUUUCUUCCCUUAGCACAAAAUACUGGGUUCUAAAGUGGUUUUGCUUCAAAGAAUGCCUAGAUCUAAGUGAUUCCACUUUAAAGCCAAAAGAAAAAUUUCUAAAGCAGUUCUUAAAGGAGUCAGAGGAAUAUAUUAAGCAAUUCCUCUACUUGUCAAUGGUAUAAUAGUGUGUCUAUUAUUAGAAUGCCCCCCACCCCCCAAUUAAACAAAGAUAGUUUUCCUCUUGGAUUUUCUCUUACAAACAAAUCUAAAAACAAUAGAAGAUUGUUAAUCUUGCUUAAUGGUGAAGUCAUGGGUUAUUCUGCUAUAUAGAAGUGCAUCAUGUUUUGUAACUUAGUAAAUUACUCUUCAGAUAGGUCUGUGGGGUUGUUUUGUUAUUGUUUGGGGGGAUAUUUUUGUUUGUUUGUUUGUUUGUUUUUUGAGAGAGAGUCUCACU